AUGGAUGAGGGUGAGGAGACGAACUUACUGGAGAACGUGAACGCAACGUCUGUGAGAGUAACGGGGGCGAGGAGCCACGACGACGAAACGAGCGAAAUAGGGAAAGCGAUGGCGGAAUUGGAGGAGUGGAUUGAAAAGAAGGUGGAGGCGAUUUCCGCGCUGGCGUACGCGAUUCGGACGGAAUGGAAGAGCGGCGCGGCGCCGUCAUCUCUGGGCACUAAGGCAGGGCCGCGCAAGCGAACUCGUGUGGCGGACGGGUCUUCCUCAGACCCGAUGGUAAUGCAGCAUCUGGCGGCCCUGUCAGCCCACGCGAAAGCCAUCCGCGAGAAGGUGCGCGGAGUGGGGAGAUCAGUGCGCGGACUUGAGGGGCAGAAGGCGCAGGGGGGAAGAAUGGAGGGUCAAGAGGAGCGGGGAGAAAACAUUGAGAAGCCAAGUGGGGGGGAGGAAGAGAAGAGGGAUCAGGAUCAGGAGGAAAAGGAGGACGAGGGGGGUGAGGGGGAGAAGGAGGCGGAAGAGGAGGAGGAAGGGGAGGGGGAAGGGGGAAUGAGGGACGAGGAGGAGGAAAAGACAAUCGAUCUGGUAGACGAGACAACGGAAGAAGGGGAUGAAGAAAACUUGAAGAGGGACUCUACUGGAGAAGCGAGGGAGGAGAUGGAGCAAGCUGUGGGAGAAGGGCGAGGGGAGGAGCCAGUGGAGGCAGGGGCAGGGCUGGGGGGAGAGGAGGGGUAUGCGGCAGUGAGGGAGGGAGCGGCAGAGAGGGGAGGAGCGGCAGAGCGGGGAGGAGCGGCAGAGAGGGAAGGAGCGGCAGAGAGGGGAGGAGCGGCAGAGAAUUGCGAAAAUGAGGUCGAAGAUGCAGAGGAGGACGCAAUGGAGGAGGGAGUGGGAGAUAAUUAUGACUUGGUUGAGAAGCCCCUCGUUGCUGAAAACGGGGGGGGGCAGGACAAGGGGGCGGGGUUAGGGGACGAAGCCAGGGAUAUCGUGCAGGGGGGAGGGGAAGGCGUGGUGGGGAGGGCAGGCGGGGAGCAAAGUGGUGCAGGAGAGGCAGAUGGGCUGGUGGGGAACGACCUGGUAGCGUCUGUGGAGCGAUGGGCACAAAGGGCGGGGCUGUGCGGGGCAGCAGCAGCAGCAGCAGCAGCAGCAGCAGCAGCAGCAGCAGCAGGGCAGCCUUCACAAAGCAAGGAAUCGUCACGUGGAGAGGUGCAGAGUGCACUGGUGGAGGGGAAACCCACCAAUGGUGAAGAAGCAUUCAAGACGCGGCUGCAGGAGGAAAUCGAUGCCUUGCUGCAGCAAAUCCCUCCCGAUAAGCAGCAGAUUCAGACACGCAUGAUCAACCAUAUGGUCUGCUUUCUCUCUUCUCUGCCCCACAAGACACAGCAGAGCAACCCUACAGUGCAGCGGACCGUUCCUGAAACGCAGCAACUCAACGGCAAACCAGCAGCACCGCAGAGAACCGCUGAAUUACAGGAAAUCACCCUCUCCCACCGAAGCCUCCACUCCUUUCUCUCACUCGCUCCUGCCUGCCGCCCCACCCUCCUCCCUUCUCUCACCUCCCUCACACUCGACCACCCCUCUGUCUCCACCCAUGACAUGCUCUCCCUCGUCCGCCUCCCCUCCCUCACCUCUCUCUCCUUCCUUCAAACCCCCAUCUCCCCAGCCGCCCUGUCCCUCAUCCAGCCCUUCUCUCGCCUCCACCGACUCGUCCUCGACUGCCCCGGGCCCUCAACGCUGGCCUUCAAAACGGGGCCCUGGCCGUUGAAGAGCCUGAGGGAGCUGCAUGUGAGCCGGGUGACUGACUCAGUCCUGGAGCAGGUGGGCGUGCUCACGAGCCUUGAGGUCCUAUCCUGCACGUGCUGUGAGGGGGUGAGCUCUUUGGGCUGGAUUUGCCUGGUCGGGUUGAAACGGCUGAGACAGAUCCGUGUGACACCGGCGGAUCUGGACGGUCAUGAUUUGAAGAUGGACUAUCCUAAGAGAGGGUUGCCAGUGGUCUCGCGAGUGUUUAGGAGGCCACAGAAGAAGCAGGAGGGUGUUCUUCGGGAGAGUGUUUUAGAGGGUGUUCACGAGGGUGCGCACUUGGAACACUUGAAGGGAUCGCCAGGCCAAGUGGACGAUAGUGGCGUGUGGUGUCUGCUACGGGGGCUGCAGCAUCUGGAGCACCUGGAGCUUCAUGCUCCACCGCGCUACAGAAACGCAUUCAUCUCACUCGAAAAGUCGUACCUUCUCACCACUCUCCACAUCACCGGAGCUUUUCUUGACGAUGACGCAUUGACGUGGUUGACUCACCUGACUUGGUUGACCCACCUCAGCCUGGCUUGCUGCACGUUCUCAACCGAGACGGAGGUCCAUCAAUGCUGGAGGGCCCCCGUCAGCGUGGUGAAGAGAAUCGCAGACGCCAUGCCGAAGCUCAAGUCCCUGGACCUGUCGGGAACUGCAGUCACUAAAGAGGACAUUAUCGAAGUGCAAUAUCUGGAGCAUUUGGAGCGCUUGACUUUGAAGCAGUGCUGCAAUCUGGGCCAGUCGUUUGUGCGGUUCCUCUGGUUUGUGCCUCGGCUCAAGGAGCUGGAUCUAAGUUACAACAAUAUGCCGGCAGCUUGGCUGAGGCACGUUGUGGAUGGGAAGCGGGUGAGGAAGCUGAGUGUGAGGGGGUGUGGGUACAAGGGGAAGACCGUGCGCGGGCUUGUGCGGCCUUGGCUUGUGAUCGAGGACUGA